UUCUUCUUAAUUUAAGCAUAAUUACCAAGUUGAAGCUCAUUCCUCAAUUAUCGCAAGGACCAAAAAUGCAAAAUCUGUUCCGAGCAGUCAAAUGUUGCCUUGAGAAUGGGCACAUAAAAAAACUGCAGUAUCCAGGUGCAGGCAGCACAUUGGACCUGAUAAAGGCAUUCCCACAUCCGGGACAUGCCAAGUCAUCUCCAUCUACUCCAAUGCAGCAUCACAAAGGUUUCAAUGAUCCAACAGUGGUGGCACGGUCUCACACAAUGCCGCAGAAGGGAUUACAGAAUACAACAGUUGCUGACGUACUAAUGACUAAGGGAGAAGAAAGGGUUGGAUCUUGGCUUUGGUGUCGCUCAGACGACACCGUCUAUGAUGCUGUCAAGCAAAUGGCACAGAACAACAUAGGAUCAUUGGUGGUUCUAAAGCCAGGAGAACAACAACUGAUAGCAGGGAUUUUGACAGAACGAGACUAUUUAAGGAAGGUGGUCGGACAAGAUAGGUCCUCAAAAUAUACUAAAGUAGGUGAAAUAAUGACUGAUCAGGACAAGCUGGUAACAGUAACAUCAGACACAAACAUUCUUCAUGCAAUGCAGCUCAUGACAGAGAAUCACAUAAGACAUGCGCCAGUUAUAAAUGGGAGGAUAGUCGGCAUGAUCUCCAUUGUUGAUGUUGUUCGAGCAGUAUUGGAGCAGCAGCAUGGAGAAGUGAGGCAACUAAACGAGUACAUCCAGGGAGAUUACCGUUAGAAUUCUAUGAACAUCUGGAACAAAGCACGUGUCCACAAGCUACUUCAAACGUCUACCAAAGGUACAGCUAUUAUACUCUGAAGCAAAGUUGCAACACGCCCUCAAUUUGUGACAAACUACUCAUGCCAUCACAAAGAUC